CUAAAUGGAAAAGAGAUGGGCUCCGAAUUUGUCUCAGGACACCAAAUUAUGGACUUCUGGGACAGGCUGUGCACAACUUUACGGAUAAGGAAGAUCAGCCUAGUGGACGAGGCUAAGACGCGGCGCAUGCACCUGCGCCUGCUCCACGGUGUGGCCGACGGCGAGCCAUGGUUCGGUCGCUGGUCCUAUCGCUUCGUCCGUGGCUCGUUCAACCUCACCCACCACGCCUACCUCAAGGCUCUCCACGCCCUGCGCUCAACCCCCCUCCAAAACCUAACCCUAGCCCUCGUCCACCUUCCCCUCCUCCUCUCUCGUUACCAGCCCUUCUCUCCCUCUCCCUUGCAAACCCUAUCCGACCUCUUCAAACUGCUCCUUGACCUCCACUCUAAGCUGCCUGAAAACAGCUUUUCGUCGUCAGAAAACUGCCUUUCGUCGCCGGAAAAUGGAUUCCCGGCGCCAGCAACUGCCUGUAGAUGGUCGGCGAAGCGCCUGGAAAUGGCUACCUGUGUUAUUAUCGAAGCCCUAAACCAGGCUAAAAAUCGAUGGGUUUCAAGGCAAGAGGUUAGAGACUCGGCUCGAGCUUAUGUAGGGGAUACAGGGCUUUUGGAUUUUGUUCUCAAAGCACUCGGAAAUCAAGUAAUCGGAGAUCGAGUCAUAAGACGAGUCCUGAAUCCUGUGACUAAAGUGCUCGAAUAUAGGCUCGAGGAUCUUUGCCGGAAUCCGUUUUCAGGGCCGGAAAACUAUAUUUCAGGGGUGAAGAUGGCGCACUCUCAGAUUUCGAGGUCCCAGGUGGCCAAGGACCUGGCCUAUUUGUACAAGAACGUGCUCAGGGAUAACGGCCGGAAUUCUGGUUUUCCGGCGACUGGAAUCCAUCUCCCGGCAAUCAAAGAGGCGGUAAGGGCAGUGCUCGACGCCAAACACUUGGUCAAAGAUUACGAAGCCGCCACGGACAGGGGCGGAUCGAGCCAUGAAGGAGCCAUGGUUCGGGUUUUGUGCUCUGUUUCACUCGAGAACGGCGACAUUUCGGCGGAUGGCGAAAUUUCGGGAGCAAGAGUUUCGGCCGAGUCAGUUGUGAUUCCGGCCGAGUUCGUAUCGAUUCCAGCGAGGGCGAGUGUUGGGGAUUUGAAGAGAGAGUUGGAGAGCGCUUUCGGUGAAAUUUAUUUUGGAUUGAGGGGUAUUUUCGUGGCCGAGGUGGUGGGUGCGAGAGCCUCGGACCCAGUGGGUCGGAUGGUCAAGUCUGGGCACGAGGUGGUGGCACGGGGGAGGGUGCCUGGUGGCUCGGUGUGGUGCGAGGGGAAGAGAGAGAAGGGAGGGGUGGUGGAUUGCUUGUGCGGAGCGAGAGAGGAGGAUGGAGAGAGAAUGGUGUGUUGUGAUGUAUGUGAGGUUUGGCAACACGCGAGGUGCUCGAGAGUGGACGGUGAUGAUGUGAUUCCUACCAUAUUUUUGUGCACCCGAUGUGAACAGGACCUUGUUGUGCUCCCUACUUCGCUGUAAACAAGUGGGGUGUAUGUUAGAGGGGCCUUUCUCUCUCCACAUAACUCUUUGCAUUUGUUUCUUUUAGUUGAAUUUCUGUGUUUAUUGUUUUGAAUUAUAAAUAAAGAGAUUGUUUAUCUUUU